AUGGAGGGCGCCAUGGAGGGCGCCAUGGAGGGCGCCUGGGAGACGCUGCCCACGGCGCUGCACCCGCGGGUCCUGGCGGCGCUGAGGGCCCUGCGCUUCACCCGCAUGACCCCCGUGCAGUCGGCCACCAUCCCCCUGUUUAUGAACAACAAAGACGUCGCUGCAGAAGCGGUCACAGGCAGUGGCAAAACCCUGGCUUUCGUCAUUCCCAUCCUGCAGAUUCUUUUGAGACGGGAAGAGAAGUUAAGAAAAAAACAGGUCGGAGCCAUAAUCAUCACACCCACCAGAGAGCUUGCUAUCCAGAUCGAUGAGGUGUUGCUGCAUUUUUCCAAAUACUUUCCCCAGUUUAGCCAGAUUCUUUUAAUUGGGGGUAGGAACCCCUCAGAAGAUGUGGAAAAGUUCAAAGAACAAGGUGGGAACAUCAUAGUGGCCACACCAGGGAGAUUGGAGGACAUGUUUAGACGGAAGGCGGAAGGCCUGGAUUUGGCAAGCUGCGUGAAGUCCCUCGAUGUCCUAGUGCUGGAUGAAGCUGACCGACUUCUGGACAUGGGAUUCGAAGCCAGUAUAAACACCAUUCUGGAAUAUCUGCCGAAGCAGAGGAGAACUGGCCUCUUCUCAGCUACUCAGACGCAAGAAGUGGAGAACCUGGUGAGGGCCGGCCUUCGAAACCCCGUCCGGAUCUCGGUGAAGGAGAAGGGGGUGGCGGCGAGCAGCACCCAGAAAACACCUUCUCGCCUUGAGAACUACUAUAUGAUCUGCAAGGCAGAUGAGAAAUUCAAUCAACUGGUGCACUUUCUUCGAAACCGUAAGCAGGAGAAACAUCUCGUGUUCUUUAGCACCUGUGCCUGUGUGGAAUUUUAUGGGAAAGCUCUGGAGUCCUUUGUUAAGAAUGCAAAAAUCAUGUGUAUUCACGGGAAGAUGAAGCACAAACGCAACAAGAUAUUCAUGGAGUUUCGCCAGUUGCCGAGUGGCAUAUUAGUGUGCACCGAUGUGAUGGCCCGGGGGAUAGACAUUCCGGAAGUCAACUGGGUUUUGCAGUAUGAUCCUCCUAGUAAUGCAAGCGCCUUUGUGCAUCGCUGUGGACGCACGGCCCGGAUCGGCCAUGGGGGUAGCGCGCUGGUGUUCUUGCUGCCCAUGGAAGAAUCCUACGUCAAUUUCCUCGCAAUAAACCAAAAGUGCCCACUGCAGGAGAUGAAACCCCAGAAAAACACCGUAGAGCUUCUUCCCAAGCUGAAGUCGAUGGCUCUGGCAGACAGAGCAGUGUUUGAAAAGGGAAUGAAAGCUUUUGUGUCCUGCGUCCAGGCCUAUGCCAAACACGAGUGCAAUCUCAUCUUCCGAUUAAAAGAUCUAGAUUUUGCGAGUCUCGCUCGGGGGUUUGCCCUGCUGAGGAUGCCCAAGAUGCCCGAACUUAGGGGAAAGCAGUUUCCGGACUUCGUGCCCGUCGAGGUCGACACGGACUCUAUUCCGUUUAAGGAUAGAAACAGAGAGAAGCAGAGACAGAAACAGCUGGAGCAACAAAGAAAGGAGAGGAGAGACAAUGAAGGGAAGAAGAAAUUCAUAAAAAAUAAAGCUUGGUCAAAGCAGAAAGCCAAAAAGGAAAAGAAGAAAAAAAUGACGGAAAAGAGGAAGAGAGAAGAGGGUUCCGACAUGGAUGACGAAGAUAUGGAGGAGCUUCUCAAGGAUACGAGACUCUUGAAAAAGUUAAAAAAAGGGAAAAUCAGCGGAGAAGAGUUUGAGAAGGGCUUGCUGGCAAGCGGAAGAAGAAAAGGCAAGGCGGCGGGAGAUCCGGGGGGCCCGGAAUCCGGAGGCGACGGCUGAGUCUUCCGUGUCGGGUUAUCCGUGCCACCGGAGCGGGGGAAGGCCGUGUGGGUAACGCAGGUGAAUCAAAAAGAGGGUGGCGUUUGGGAGGAAAGAAAACCCAGUGGAGGAAGUGACUUUCAGUCAGGAAUCUGGAGAGCGGGCCACCCUCGGGUACCGGGAGAAAAAACCGGAGGAAGGGCAGCCUUCGGGACCAUUGAGGACUUUAAAACCUGCCUGGGUGAUCCACAGAGAGGAUUAAACAGUGCCUAGGGGGAUGCGCGUUCACAGAGUUCUUGCUCACAGAUUUUGGACUUUACCUGCAAGACUUCCAGUGUAAAUAACAGCUCUCAAUAUUCUGAUAAAGGCUUCGUAAAUACAGCA